UUUACGAGAGGGAAUUUUCAAAUAUAGAAGGGCCGCUCAGCCGAGUUCAGUUCACUGUCUGGUAACAUAAACAACACAAUAUAGCUGCCCUACACAAUGCAGAGACCAACAAAAGGAAAAACUCCUCGGAGGCCAGUCCCAAAGAAAACGUCAAACACACAGAAAGACCCGGUUGGAGUGUACUGUCGUAUACGUCCAUUGGGAGCAGAGGAUGAGGAGUGUUCUAUAGAAAUGAUUAGCAGCUCUACUAUUCAGCUGCAUGCUCCUGAUGGCCUUAAAGCUAACCGCAAUGGAGAAUACAAAGAGACUCAAUACUCGUUCAAGAAGGUUUUUGGAAUCCAGACAACCCAAAACGAGUUGUUUAAAGAUAUUGCCAAACCACUAGUGGAGGAUCUCAUUCAUUGUAAAAAUGGUCUGCUGUUCACAUAUGGUGUCACAGGAAGUGGAAAGACCUUUACCAUGACCGGAUCACCUGGAGAAGGUGGACUCCUCCCUCGCUCACUGGACAUGCUUUUCAACAGCAUCAGCCCUUUUCAGGCUAAGAGAUAUGUCUUCAGGACAGAUGACAAGAAUGGGAUGGAGAUCCAGAACCAAGUUGAUGCACUUCUUGAGAGGCAGAAGAGAGAGAGUCAACUGUCUGUGCCGAAGACUCCUUCCUCAAAACAAAAACCAGACCCAGAGUGUGCAGACAUGAUAGACCCAGAGGAGGCCUGCAGGUCUGAGGGAGUGGAUGAGGACAGCUGUUACAGUGUGUUUGUGUCCUACAUUGAAAUAUACAACAACUACAUUUAUGAUCUACUGGAGGAGGUGCCCUAUGACCCUAUUAGACCCAAGUGGCUGGGUGGAGGCACACCUGUGCGGAACACUGAGUUUGUACCACCACAGUCUAAGAUUCUUCGUGAGGAUCAGAAUCACAACAUGUAUGUGGCUGGAUGUACAGAGGUGGAGGUGAAGUCCACUGAAGAAGCCUUUGAAGUGUUUUGGCGGGGUCAAAAGAAAAGGAGGAUAGCAAACACUCAGCUGAACCGCGAGUCGAGUCGGUCCCACAGUGUGUUCAUAGUCAAACUAGCCCAGGCGCCGUUGGAUGCGGACGGGGACUACAUUCUACAGGAUAAAAACCAGGUGACUGUGAGCCAGCUGUGUUUGGUGGACCUGGCUGGGAGCGAGCGCACCAGUAGGACCAGAGCAGAGGGCAGCCGCCUCAGAGAAGCAGGCAACAUAAACCAGUCCCUGAUGACGCUGCGCACAUGUAUGGAGGUUCUACGAGAGAACCAGAUGUGUGGGACAAACAAGAUGGUACCUUACAGAGACUCCAAGGUAACUCAUUUGUUCAAGAACUACUUUGACGGUGAAGGCAAAGUCAGAAUGGUGGUGUGUGUCAACCCAAAAGCUGAUGAUUAUGAAGAAACUGUGCUGGUGAUGCGCUUUGCGGAGAUGACCCAGGAGGUGGAGGUGGCCCGGCCUGUGGACCGGCCCAUCUGCAGCCUGGCGGCGGGCCGCAGACACAGGAACCAGGCCUCCAGGGAUGAGCUGACCCAGCACCUGGAGGAACAUGGGGGACCCAGCAACAUCGAUGACCCAGGGCUAUUGAACCACCUCCUGGACAGUCUUCCACCAUUGCCCUCCAUUGAUGUGGUGGACCCCACAGACGAACACACCAUGCCCCGCCUCAUCGAGGCGCUGGAGAGGAGACACCGCAUCCGCCAGAUGAUGACCGAGCAGUACUCCAAGACUGCCAACAAACUCAAAUCCAUGCUGCUGGAGUUUGAUGGCAACCUCAUGUCCAAGGAUAACUUUAUCCAAGACCAGAGGGUGAAGCUGGGGGAGAAAGAAAAAGUCAUCUCUAACCAGAAGACUGAGAUUGAACGUCUGGAGAAAAAAUCUAAAAUGCUGGAAUACAAGAUUGACAUCCUCCAGAAAACCACCAACAUCUACGAGGAGGACAAGCGCUCCUUGAAACAGGAGCUGGAGAGCCGGGAGCAGAAGCUGAACAGGGAGCUGUCAGAGAGGAGGCGCAUGGAGCAGCGCAUGCAGGGCAUGGUCACCGACACCAAGCACAAGUGGGAGAAGGAGUGUGAUAGGCGGGUAAACGCCAAGCAGAUGGAGUUGCAGAAUAAGCUGUGGGUGAAGGACGAGAAGCUCAAGCAGCUCAAGGCCAUCGUGACGGAGAGCAACGCCCCAGAGAGACCUGAGAAGCCCCAAAGGCCCUCCCGGGAGAGAGACCGUGCAGCUCCACAGAAGAGGCCUGCCUCGCCAACGCCCCUACCUGACUCCAGCAAAACGCCCUCCCGCCACCAACACCAGGCAAAGGUCAAAGCAGUUCAGGGCCACCCCCUCCCUUCUUCUUCCACCUCGAUUAUUGUGUCUGUAGCAUCCUGCAUCUCUGAUUGGGAGCAGAAGAUCCCUCUAGAGGCCAGGCAGGGUAGGGAACCCCCCGGGACCCACAGGAACAGUAACUGGACCCCCUACGCCAGCAGCAGUGUGGGCCGCAGGUGCGGCCAGCGCUGGGCCCCCGCCUCUGAGACCCCCUCCUACAAGCUAGACCUAGAGUCAGGCUCAAGGACGGCGACGCCAGUUCGCCCCCUUCACCGUCGCUCGCACUCAGCGGGUGGGGAGAGAUGGGUAGACCACAAACCACCCUCUAAUUUGGAUUUAGGCACUGUCAUGCAGCCAAUCAUACCCAAUGCAAUCAAGGUGUCGGCCGCCAGCGAGAAAGCUCUUUCUAAAUGCCACAAGUAUGUGCUAACACACCAGGAGCUUGCCUCCGAUGGGGAGAUUGAGACCAAGCUGAUCAAGGGUGACGUGUUCAGAACGAGAAGCGGAGGCCAGGCUGUGCAGUUCACAGACAUUGAAACGCUGACACAGGAGUUCCCAUCCACCUCAAGUCGUAAGAGAAGAUCCGGAUCAGGGGAUGGCCACAGACAGGCAGAGGACCACAGGAGAAUGGAGUGGGAUGACACUGAGAACGAGGCUCCAGUUGCAAGCACAAGCUCGGCCUACGGCUAUCAAAAACGCCGAAAGCCCUAGGACUUGGAAGGAAUGAUGAAACAAUUUUUUUAAAUGGAGGAUUACUUUUGUGCAUUGGACCAAUGACUUGACCUUUGGUCUAAACUGCACCUUUUUACAUUUUUGGACGUUGGGCCUUAUAUUAUAUUUGAUCAUGAUUGUUCCUGUAAGUGACAUUUGUAAUUUAGCAACAUUGGAAUUAUGUUCAUAUGUCCGCAUGAACAGAGGGUUAGCAUACUAGUCCUCAAUGUAGAAUCAACAUGAACUUUUAUCACCCCCUGCACACACACAUAUGCAAACAUAGAUUAUUUAACAAUAAGUUUAGUUGCUUUUUUCCUGAAAGCUCGUUCUUUGAUCUUCAUGCUUAGUUCAUACAAUGUGUGUGCGCUUGCCGUUGUGUGUGUGUGUGUACAUGACUGGCAAGUGAGAUUCAUUACUUUUAUUAACAUAAGAAAAUGUUUUUGGUUGUAUAUAAUGGCUUGUACUAUUUUUUUCCCCCUCUGUACUCUAGUUAUGUAAUAGCAUUUGUUAAAGUAAAUCAAUUCAAAC